AUGAGUGGAGGAUGUUUAUCACCAGCAUCCAGAAUACGUAUUGCGGCAGAUGUUCAUCGUCACAGCACGAGUGAUGAUGACAGUGGAUGCGUGCUGGAAGAAUACUCUUGGGUACCAAGUGGAAUCAAACCUGAUAUGGUUCAUAUGUAUUUCGCUUGUCUACCGGAAGACAAAAUACCUUACGUAAAUUCGCCUGGUGAAGAAUGGCGAACACGCCAGUUGUAUUAUCAAUUACCACCACAAGAUUCUGAUGUAGGGUAUUGCGGUAAAUUGAGCAACAAAGAAAUACGUGAGCUAGUACAAUUUGAAAUGGGUCGAAAACGCGAGUGCCUUGGAUGCGGAAUAAUCGAGCAACUCCCAUACGACAGCAAGCGACGGUACUGCCAUCAGUGCAAGGGAUCAUUAUAUGAAGGGACCUUGGUGAUCAAUGCGGAAAGGUUCGGACGUGACGUACACUGGCAUCCUCAGUGUUUUAUUUGCACGGAGUGCUCAAAUCUCCUCGUUGAUUUGAUUUAUUUUAAACAUGGAGCCGACGUAUAUUGCGGUAGACAUCACGCGGAACGAAUCAAGCCUAGGUGUGCCAAAUGUGAUGAGCUAAUAUUCAGCGAAGAAUGUACGGAAGCGGAAGGAAGGACAUGGCAUAUGGCACAUUUUUCAUGCUCAGAUUGUGGUGUUCAACUCGGAGGGCAGAGGUAUAUUGGAAGAAAUGAUAAGAUAAUAUGCAUCUCUUGUUAUAAUCAAAAUUCCUCACUCAUUUGUAAUACCUGUGGAAAAGAAAUUGUUGUCGAUAAGCCGCAUAUAAUUCAGAAUGAUAUACACUGGCAUGCUGAUGAGCGUUGUUUCUGUUGUAGUGGAUGCGGCAAAAAUUUGUUGGGAAAGAGAUAUUCAUUUAGGGACAAAAAGUUAUACUGCGGUGCAGAUGCGAACUGUGGAAAACGACAUUCAAAAGUGACCUUUGAUAGCAAAAUGACGUGCAUUUCAAAUAGACGACGAGAAUCAGUACCGGAGCCACCAUCUCGAGGUCCUCCUUCACCACCAGCUGAAAACAUUUAUGAAACUGUUCUACCAUGCACUUCGAGAGAAUCAGAUAGCAUAAAUGGAAAUGAGCAUUUAAGAAGGUGUAAUCGCCGAUCACAAAGCGCUGAUGUUCGGCGACCGUGGUGUGAUGAAUACUGCCGCAAAGAAUAUUUCAAGAAAAAGGGUGAUUACGAAGAUAAAAAGCAGAAUCAUUAUUCGCGAAUGCCGCCACCCUCACCAUUAUUAAGAAGAAAGCAUCAGCGAUGCAGUUCAUGUAGUUCAUCCGAAAGCGAUAGUGAUGAUGUAUACCUAUUAAAUUAUUUAGCUGCUUCUCUUUCUCAAUUCAACAAAACAACUAAUACAGUUCAAAACAAUGGGAGUUGUAAGCCAAUAGUGAGCAGAGUACAAAUGGCAAAGAAUAAAUCAUCGAGUAAUUGUAUAGUAUCUUGA